UUUUUAGUGUGACACCCAGGAGUUCCACUGCAGUCAGUGUGAGUAAUGGAGGGCAGAGCGAGCAGGGGCCGCGGUGGGUCGUGGAGAAGAGGCGGCAGUGCUGCCGUUAAUGACACCGGCAGUCCCGGAGACCGGAGAGGUCGCGGGAGAGGCGGCCAUCACCGCGGAAGAGGGAAAAGGGACCAUUACCGAGGAAGAGGCCGCGGUUUUCCCAGCGAUGGCGCUGCAGACUUUAUUCACCGGGCUCACGAUGAACAGGAUGACAAAGAGAACCCUGAAGACGAGAUGCCGGCAACCUAUUCUAGGAGGAAGCUGGAGUCCAACUGGGCUCGUUAUGAGGAAUCGGAGAAAAAUGAGGCGAACGAUGACGUUCCAGUGCAGAGAGGGACAGAUUAUCAUGUCCUCCUCACUUCUGCAGGUGACUCCUUCACUCAGUUCAGGUUUUCUGAGGAGAAAGACUGGGAGGUGGAUUCACUCGGAAUUAAUCAGGUGCCUGCUCUAUUUGUGGACCUGGAAGUUUUAGCUCGUUCUCUUCAGGAGCUGCCACUGCACCAGAGGCUUGACCUGGAUCCUAGUCUUGUUCAGGAGUCCACUCCGGUCGAGCUCCCCUCAGUAGGGGUAUUGAACAAAGUGAAUCCAGUGCUCAGUGGAUUUAAGCCUCCUGCUCCAGCGCACUCCGGUAAAGAGCCGGGAUCACAUGGACCGCGACCUGUGAAGCCUGUUCCAGGCACUGGUGUGUGCUCCCAGACCUUCACUGCAGCGAUCAGCCCUGUAGACAAUGCCGACGAGGAACUGGAUGAUAUUCUUGGACUACAGAAACCUAUCACAGGCCUUUCUUUAGCUGACUCAAACACUUCGAAUACUGUCGAGGAUGUGUCUGCUACCUCAGAGAAAGUGGGAAAGGAGAUGGAAGAACAGGCAGUUGAGGUGGACCAAGCAGAAACGGAAGAGGCGACUAAUGGGAACCAGCAGAAGCCUGAAGAGUUGCAGAAGAAAUCCGAGCCAGUAAAGCAGGAGAUGACUGAGGAAGAUCUUGAAGACUGGCUCGACAGUAUGAUCUCUUAAACAACUGCGCACAACUCUGAGUGUGUUGGACACGAACAGUGAGACUGCACUGCGACGUGCAUGUUGGUCAAGUCCUCCUGAUGACGCCUCAUCUCUGAGCUUCCGCGUCAAAAUCUAUGAACAAAUGAAUAACCUGCUUCUAAUGUUUACUGAUGCCUUAAGGCCUUCCGUAAGAGGCCAUUACGAUUUGUAUCGUGAGCCGUGUAUGCAGUAAAUAACAGGCAGGGUUUAUUGCAUUGAUCACUUUAUUGUGUUUUUGUCCACUUCUCCCAAUUCAAAGCUUCUACAUACAUACAAAUGGCCAAACAGUAUUGGUUUACAAUUUUGUCUUGUUUCUGUUUAAUAGUGCGUUACCCUAAUGUUCUCAGCUUCGGGUUCUUGUAUUGAUUUCCUUUAACGCCAGCGGAGAUGGUAAGCUUGGGCUAUUAAAAAGGAUUCAACCAAAACAUAACAGCAGUUGUGCAUUUUCUUCAGAACAUCUUUAACUAAAGCCACAAAACUAAUCUAGGUAAGUUGACCUAAAAUGCAGACUUGCUACACAUAUGAGGAGGGACAAAAUGUUUUGCAUAGUCUUUUUCGUAAGGCACUUUAACUAUUGAACUAAUCUAACGGACUCGUGGAUCUAUGUUCUGCCUUUGACAUUCUGCAUGCCUUCUGUUUUUUUUUUUUUUUUUAAUCUGUAACGUUACAUUCUAUAUCAUAAGUGUUCAUUCUUGAGUUGAAUAACAAGAAAAGGAUGUUGUGCAUAUUUGUUCAUUCACUCAGCAUGUCUAAGGAAUACUUCACUCAAAAAUAUUUCCGCUAUUAACGUUCAGUAGCUGGUAGAUUCCUGUUAGCAUUAUGUGAAAUACAAUUGGCUAACUGGUCCUGACUAACAUCAUUGACUGAUGGCUGUAUUUGAUAUGUUGUGGUUUUGGAUGAUAUAUAUGUGUGUGUGUGCUCUCAACUCACUGUGCAGUGUGUGUUAAAUACCAGCAGAUAAAAGGCAAUAAAAUGUCAAAACGACCAAUGAGGUCUUUUAAAAGAUUAAACGUCAUGUUUUGGCAGGUUGGAAUCUGGCUAUUUCACAUUUGCGGUUCGAUGUCUUUGUCCU